CACGUGGUUAGAAAGCGCGCCAAUGCUGACGGACAAAAAAUUAUGUCAACAAAUCAACAAGCCACUUUAACGUCAUUUUUUGGGCGCAGUCCGUUAAGCACUGUUCACCAAGAUGAUGAAAGACCAAGAAGGACUGCAUCAGUUUCACCAGAGGAACAGUUUAUCCAACAAAGAGGAAAAUUAAGAUCAAGUCCACGAAGGAAAGCUCUCACUUCUAAUUCUCCAAGACUCAAAGUCACAGAAAUGGUGGACUUGAUAUCAGACUCUCCUAAUGACAAAAGUGGAUGGACACCAUUAAGAAGAGCGGCUCACAUUUGAUGGAAUCUCUCGAAGAUUGCAGAUAAAAGGAAAAAUGCUAACAGAGUGGAUCUAGAAAGUGAGCCCCAAGAUGAAAGUAAUGAACAAGAUGAUGAAGAGUUUGUCCCAAGUAAAAAGAAGAGACGUACCAAAACAAAGAAAACAGAUCAACCUACUUUACACAAAAGAUUGUCAGCAUUAAGUCGUGAACAGUUAACAGAAAUCAUAGAAGAUCUUGUAAAGGACCAUCCAGAAUUAGAACAAGAAAUAGCAGUCCCUUGUCCAGAUAUUGGUAAAUUGCUGGAAAAUUUAGAACUCUUCAAAGGGAACGUCUACAAGUCAUUUCCCUACUCCAGGUGGGGAUCAGGGAGGGAUGCAUUCUGUUACAGGCGUGUCAAAACCCAUCUGGAUAGCUUUGUUAAAUCCUGCAUUGAACAAGGAAGACAGCUUGAGGUGUUAGAGUCCUGGCCAGCAUUGAUAGACUAUAUUCUGAAAGCCUUGGAGUUUGUGGAAGAGCUGCCUAACUGGGAUAACCCUGACCAUAACAAAUCUAAGAACAGGUGCUUUAAGACACUAAGUGGGCAGUGUAAAAGGGCCAUCACCAAAAGUCACCUAACACAGGCAGAGUACAAGAAAAUGUUGUCCAGGGUUGAAGAAGCUGUGCAAGUAGAUGAUAAUAUUUCGCCAUGUGUUGAACUGAUCAGAAAGAAAAUUUCCUAACUCUUUAAGAUGAUUGCUCAGCAUGACUUUUCCACAACGUUUUGAAUGAUUCAUUGUUCAUUGACAGUAAAAAGUAAUCUUUUGUCUUGUAUUGAUAAUUGACAUUUGAAUGAAAUGACAUGAAAACUGGUGCUAUAGUAAGUUAAAGUAGAGAUAUAAAUCAUAUGUGAGCAUGUAACAUUGUAAAAAUUAGAAAUGUAGUGUACAUCCUCUAUGUGAAGCGUCCAUUACGUGUAGGAACUAUUUUAAUUAGUGCUCGUUUCUGUGUUUUAGUUGUUUGAAUUAAAUACAAAAUGUGUUAUUA